AUGAAGCCCAAGCACGCAGCUCCGCUGAUGCGGCAGCGGGCGCCUUCAGCCAACAGAGGCCGCCGGAGGAGUCGCGGGAAGGCCACGAUAAAAAAGCAAGGCAAUCUGCCGCCAACCACAAUGCAUUCCCCAGAAGAACUUUCGCGCCGUGUUAAGCAAUUCGCCAGCAGGAAAGGAUCACUAGGAAUUCCGCUGUGCAGCCAGAAUUAUCAGGAGAAGCGACGCCCACAUACGCACCUACCAAGACGAUUCCUCCGUGACAACUUCAAAGGCGCCAGUGAAAGAAGUGAGGGCAAUGUGGGAUGCAUCACCGCGCAUUUCUUGAUUGUGAAACGUUUUGCGAAUGCCAAAACGAAAUAUCAACCACAAAACGGUCCACUUCCCAUCAUCCGCGCUGCGAGCUUUCCCAAACUUCUUCUGCUCAGUCAGCGGGAUAAAAAUAUAAUCAUGAGGAAAAGUAGGCAUCAGAGACUCCUGUCGCACUUCCCCCUUGAAGCAGCUGUCAGUUACUUUAGGAGGCAGCGGCAACUUCCUUCUUUCACCCGGUGCUUCUUGGAAACAGUUAGACCAUGUAGAAAGUCUCGCGAAGGUUGUGUAAUGAAAUUCCAGAGCCCCAAAAAGGAAAAGGUAGAGAUAUGA